AUGUCAAACUCGAAUGGUAUUUACGGCCAAACAUAUGACAGAUAUGUUGAGCGAUACGACGACUCGACGCUCUCACGCAUGCAAUGCCAGUAUUGGACAACAAAACAGGCGUUUCUUCGGAAACUCAAACGAAAAGAAGACGAUUGUAUCGUCGCCUCCGACGCCGAACUCGACGCCAAACUCGAGUUGUUGCGGUCGAUUGACGAGUCGUGUCAGAACCUGAUCCUAGUGUUGGAGGCAUAUCAGGACCGCAUCUGCGGUUUGGCUCACGAAGAGUCGGCCGCCGGACGCUUCCUCAAGGAGUGCUCCAAACUGGACAAGACUCGGGCCGGGAAAAUGAUGGCCGCGUCCGGUAAGACCAUGUGCUAUACAGCCCAACAACGGAUCCAAUUGCGGAACCCAUUGGUGCGACUCUACCAAGAAGUGGAGACAUUUCAAUACCGAGCGGUGGCCGACACUAUGCUAACCGUCGAUAAGAUGGAGUCCUCGCGAACCGCAUAUCGCGCGGCACUCCUGUGGAUGAAAGACGUGUCCGAGAAGUUAGAUCCGGACACUUAUAAACAGUUGGAUAAGUUUCGUAAAGUGCAGAGUCAUGUCCGCAAAACAAAGGUCCGCUUCGAUCGCCUCAAAGUGGAUACUCUCCAGAAGAUUGAUCUGUUGUCGGCCUCGCGUUGUAAUAUGUAUUCCAACGCUUUGGUCGGUUAUCAGAACUCUUCGGUUCAGUUCUGGGAAAAGUCGUCCAAAACGAUGGCCGCCGUCGCCGACACUUUCAAGGGAUACCAAUAUUACGAAUUCACGACACUUAAGGAGUUGACCGAAACGAGCAGAAAGUUGGCCGAAGACACCGCUAAUAACGAUGACAUUCGGAAGAUCUUUGACGACAACGAUGACGACGAAGACAAGGAUCGGCUUAUAAAGAAACUCCGGCUAAUAUCCCUGCUGCUGAGGUGGUUAUUUCGGUUAUUUCUAUUGUUCUUUAAAUUUGGAGACAAUAGUUUGAAAAAUAGUUUAAAGACAUCGGAAGCGCAACAAAACACUGAUAUUUUGACUCUAAGUGACACAAAAAUGGAUGACUUGAGUCUCUUGAAUGAGAUAUUGAACGCACCGAACGCUCCCAUUAUUGAGACCAACGCCAGUACGGGUGCUAUCGGUGGGGCACCCAAUACAGGGGCCACUGGUGUCGAUGCGUUUAUGCCGAGCCAACUCAUUGACUUGAAUUCAUUCAAUUACUCAAUGAAUCAAAUGAACGCAUCGCUGAAUCCAAUGACCAGAAGAGAGAAUUUGGUCGAAAAGAACAAAAACGUCAAUUUGAAUGCAAAUAAGGAUAAAGCAACCAAAAAGGCUGAAGAACUGUCCUCGUGGUUCAACCUCUUUGCAGACUUGGAUCCGCUCGCGAAUCCCGACGCCAUCGGGAAAAAGGCGGACCAAAUAGAAGAGAGAAAUUGCUAAUCAAAUUCGGAGCUCUUUAUUAAUAUAUAAUUAUUAAUAAUUUAUUAUUUAAACUAUUGUUUAUUCCAAUUAUUUAACGUAAUAUUGAAGUCUAUUAUUAUCUCAAAUCUAG